UGGACGCAUAGUAGGCCUAGUUACACUUACAAGGGCUAAUCUCACUGCACGGGCUACCGCCUACCGACCGCCAUUCCUCCCUCUCAUUGCUUCGUAGCAAAUCGCCAUGGCGUUCCGAACCCUCCUCGCCAAGAAGACGCUAGCACUCGCCUCUAGCUUCGCCCCCGUUUCGGCCUCCGGGGAUCGAUGGCUUGGAGCGAGUCUCCACCGGGUCCGGACCCUCACUGUCGCCUCCCUUCCGGACCUUCCCUACGACUACGGCGCCCUUGAGCCAAUCAUCAGCGGAGAGAUCAUGAAGAUCCACCAUCAGAAGCACCAUCAGACGUACAUCACCAACUACAACAACGCUCUCGAGAAGCUCGACGCGGCAAUCGCUAAGGGUGACGCGUCGGCCGUCGUCCAGCUGCAGAGCGCCAUCAAGUUCAAUGGGGGAGGUCAUGUCAACCACACAAUAUUUUGGCAAAAUCUGAAGCCGACAAAUGAAGGUGGAGGUGAGCCACCACACAGCACACUAGGUUGGGCAAUCGACACAAACUUUGGUUCUUUGGAGGCUCUGGUCCAGAAAAUGAAUGCAGAAGGUGCUGCAUUACAAGGUUCUGGGUGGGUGUGGCUAGCUUUGGAUAAGGGCAGUAAGAAACUCAGUGUUGAAACAACUGCAAAUCAAGAUCCUUUGGUGACCAAAGGUGCAACCCUUGUUCCAUUGCUUGGUAUUGAUGUGUGGGAACAUGCGUACUACCUACAGUACAAAAAUGUGAGACCUGACUAUCUUAAGAGCGUAUGGAAGGUGAUAAACUGGAAAUAUGCAAGCGAAGUGUACGACAGGGAGACUGCGUGAUGAUACUUUUUGAACCCUGGAUGCUCCCUAGAUGAUUCAUCCUAAAUGGUUUUUCUUUUCACUAUAUCACCAAAUAAAGACGAACUGUAGUCACCUGACCUUCUCCUUUUGUUGCCAUGGAUUGAAUAAGCAAGGUCUCUCAUUCCCUGGCGCGUUUGGCUUGUACAACUAGCAAAAGAGAUUAUGUACACUCUCUCUAGAACAUUACUGAUAUGGACUGUGCAAUGUGUCAUUCUCUGCAUGCUACUUUGACACAAAA